UCAAUUUUCUUCUUUCGAUUUCCAAACCCCUCUCUGAGAAAUGCAAAUGGAUUCGUCCAAAUCCGAAUCUUGCUUCCAUGGCAUCAGUUACAGAGAACUCAGUACAUUUCGAGUUAGAAAAAGACCAUUUAUUGAUGAAUUAGCUUCGGAAUUUAAUGAAGUCUGUGCUGUUGCCAUUGAACACGAUGCUGAGCCGUCACCUCCUUUGGCCAUCUCUUUUUGCAAGGCAAAUAAGAAUUCCCAUGUUUUUGCGGUAUCUGAUGAAUUGGGAUAUGUAAGCUUGUUUGAUUCUAAUAGGAAGAUUUCUCCCGCUGCAGCUCACCAGGAAAAUACUGAAAAAGCAAGAAUCAGUGAAUGGGUUGCUCAUGAAAAUGCCAUAUUUGAUGUAUGCUGGAUAAAGGAUGAUAGUCACAUUUUAACAGCUUCAGGGGAUCAAACUAUAAAGGUAUGGGAUGCUCAGGAAAAGAAAUGCACUGGAGUCUUAAUAUUGCACACAGGAAGUGUAAAAUGUUUGAGUUCUCAUCCAACUAAUUCUGAUCUAUUUGUCUCUGGUUCGAGAGAUGGGUCCUUUGCCAUUUGGGAUCUAAGAUGCAAGAUAAACUCCCGAAGUAGAAGUGAUGAAGUUUGCCUUCCACCAACUACUCUGGUCAAAGGAGCUCAUCCUUCAUCUCAAGCAAGGCGGGGUAGACGUGGCAAGGCUGCUGUUGCAAGCAUUACUUCAGUUCUUUAUCUCAAAGAUGGCAUUUCCAUUGCUACGGCUGGAGCUGCAGACAGCGUUGUGAAGUUCUGGGAUACAAGGAAUCUGAAAUCUCAUGUCACUCAGGCAUGCCCCCAACCAGAGGCUGCAUCUAAAAAGGGUAUAUCUAGCUUGUCCCAGGACUCAAGAGGAGUGUUUCUAACAGCAUCAUGCAUGGACAAUAGGGUAUACUUGUACAAUAUACUUCAGCUUGAUAAGGGCCCAAUGCAUACUUUCUCUGGAUGCCAAAUAGAGUCUUUUUAUGUGAAGUCAGCAAUCAGUCCAGAUGCAGACUACAUACUAAGUGGUUCCAGCAACGGAAAUUCUCAUAUUUGGAAGGUAAACAAGCCUCAAGAGGAGCCUAUCAUCUUGAAGAAUCACCUUGGUGAAGUUACUGCUGUAGAUUGGUGCCCAUCUGAGAUCGGGAAGAUGGCAACCACUGCAGAUGAUUUCACUGUCAGGAUAUGGAACAUUCAAGCCAACCAUUGCUCAAGCUCAAGAUCACCAUCUUCCAUCCGAACAAGCACAGAGAGUAGAAAAUUACUGAUGAAUGAGAAGGAAGAACCAGGCAGCUCAAAUUCUUCAGAUGAACCAUUGUACCAUAUCCAAAUCAACCCACCAUCAACUCCAGAAACCCAUAAGAAAAAGUUGUUUUCAAUUUCAGAUUCAAACGAAACAACCUUGGAGAAAACGCCUGAAGCUUUGAUGAAGAACAGCCCAUCUUCAGUUUUAAGCCCUCCUUCCUCAUUGAAACGAAAAACCAUAAAGGAUUACUUUCUAGCAGCUCCAUGAAAGCUUUGGUGGCUUUGUAUAAA